AUGUCGCUAUUCGGAAACUUCGACGUCGCGAAGCUGGCCUCCCAGCUAGGCGGCUUCACCAUCCCCGACGAUCCCGAGAUCCAGCACGAAUACGGAUCAAAGGACUUUGGCUACAGCAACCACGGCUCCCACCCCGGCGGCUACGACGGCCAGCCCCCCUCAGGCUACGCCGGCGGCCCCCAGAACGGCGCCGACGAGUACAAGCGCGAGCACCCCGACGCUUUCGGCACCGCCGACCCAGAGCGCUCCGCCGCCGCUUCCUACGGCGCAGGCGCGUUCUCUGCCGCCGCAGCCGGGACCUACGGCGCCCAGGCCCCUUAUCCCACGGACUCGCCACGCCCGGAACACCGCUACGGCGACCAGCAGAGCCCCUACCCCUCAGAGUCCCCGCGCCCCGAGCACCGUCCGUACGGUGAGAGCGCGAGCCCGUACCGCCCGCCGCCGCCCGAGCACGGCGAUGAACGCCCGCCCUCGCCGCGUCUGCCGGAGGGCUGGGCCAAGAGGUUCGAUGAGCGGAGCGGGCGGUGGUACUAUGUCAGCCCGAACAACUCGACGCAGUGGGAGCCGCCUGCGCCGCUCUCGCCCGUCGUGUCGCCGCCGCCGCCGGAGCCGAGGUACGAGGAUCGGUAUGCGGGAGGAGGGCACUCGCCGCGUCCAGGGUACGGUGGACACUCGCCUCAGCCGGGGUAUGGCGGGCACUCGCCGGCAGAGUACGCUGCCGGUGCGGCUGCGGCGGGCGCGGUUGCGGGUGCUGCUGCGGGAUACUACGCGGGACAUGGCUACGAGCAGAGCCAGCCUCAUCAGCAGCCGCAGUAUCAUGACCCGAACCGGUCGUAUGGUCAGCCGGGAUACGGCCAGCCUCAGGGAUCGCCUUAUGGACAACCUCAGGGAUCUCCGUACGGACAGCCUCACGCGUCGCCGUUUGGUCAGCCUUCAGGAUCCCCGUACGGUGGCGGAUCGCCGUAUGGACAACCGCAAGCUUCGCCGUACGGUCAGCCUCAGCAGCAGGCGUAUGGACACCCGUACGGUCAGCAGUACGAGCAGGGCAGCGAGGAAAAGAAGAAGAAGAAGAGUAGUAGCAGCAACAUGCUGCUCGGCGUAGCCGGUGGUCUUGCUGUUGGCGCCAUCGGAGGAGCCCUGAUUGCGAACGCUCUGGAUUCCGACUCUGAUGAAGAGCGCCACCAAGAGCGAUACGAGAGGGGAAGCGACUCUGGAUCCGAGCACCGCUACCGCGAGUAUGAGCGUGACGAGAGUGACCGGGAGUCGUUGCGGGAGGCCAGGAGGGAGUACGAGGAGGAGCUGGCCAGCGCGAGGGGGUCGAGCUGCAGCAGCAGCGAUCGCGAGUCGUUGCGAGAGGCGAGGGAGGAGUAUGAGGAGGAGUUGCAUGAUUACUACGACGACUGA